UGUCAGUCGCCGCCGAGCCCGGUCGCUGGCCCGGCUCUCCCGGCUAUCUCGCGUAGACCGGGCGCCUGGGGUGGCGGCCGGCGAGUCGGCGCGAUCCUUCCCGGGCGGCCGUGGCCCGCGCCCUGCGGCAUGCCCCGGUGACCGAGCGUGGGGCCAAGCGGGAGGCAACCGUGGCCGAGGAGUGGGAGGAGGAGGCUGUCUUUGUCAUUAUGUGUGCGUCGGUCAAGUACAAUAUCCGGGGUCCUGCCCUCAUCCCAAGAAUGAAGACCAAGCACCGAAUCUACUACAUCACCCUCUUCUCCGUCGUCCUGCUGGGCCUCAUUGCCACCGGCGUGUUUCAGUUCUGGCCCCAUUCCAUCGAGUCCUCCAGUGACUGGAACGUGGAGAAGCGCAGUGUCCGCGACGUGCCCGUGGUCAGGCUGCCAGCCGGUGGCCCCCUCCCCGAGCGCGGCGAUCUCAGCUGCAGGAUGCACACGUGUUUUGAUGUCUACCGCUGUGGCUUCAACCCCAAGAACAAAAUCAAGGUGUAUAUCUACUCUCUGAAGAAGUAUGUGGAUGACUCUGGUGUCCCAGUCAGCAACACCAUCUCCCGGGAGUACAACGAACUGCUCACGGCCAUCUCUGACAGCGACUACUAUACCGAUGACAUCAGUCGGGCCUGCCUGUUUGUCCCGUCCAUCGAUGUGCUUAACCAGAACACGCUCCGCAUUAAGGAGACGGCUCAGGCCCUGGCCCAGCUCUCUAGGUGGGAUCGAGGUACAAACCACUUGCUGUUCAACAUGCUGCCUGGAGGUCCCCCAGAUUACAACACGGCUCUGGAUGUCCCUAGAGACAGGGCUCUCUUGGCUGGUGGUGGCUUUUCUACGUGGACUUACCGGCAAGGCUACGAUGUCAGCAUUCCCGUGUACAGUCCGCUGUCGGCGGAGGUGGACCUUCCCGAGAAAGGACCAGGUCCCCGGCGGUACUUCCUGCUGUCCUCUCAGAUGGCUGUCCACCCUGAGUACAGAGAAGACCUGGAAGCCCUGCAGGCCAAACACGCGGAGUCGGUGCUAGUGCUGGACAAGUGCACCAACCUGUCAGAGGGCGUCCCCUGGGUGCGCAGGCGCUGCCACGAGCACCAGGUCUACGAGUACCCCCAGGUGCUGCAGGAGGCCACGUUCUGUGUGGUUCUUCGUGGCGCUCGGCUGGGCCAGGCGGCACUGAGUGACGUUUUACGCGCCGGCUGUGUCCCAGUCAUCGUUGCAGACUCCUAUAUUUUGCCUUUCUCUGAAGUUCUGGACUGGAAGAGAGCGUCUGUGGUUGUGCCAGAAGAAAAGCUGUCCGACGUGUACGGCAUCUUGCAGGGCAUCCCCCGAAGACAGAUUGAAGAAAUGCAGCGGCAGGCACGGUGGUUCUGGGAAGCGUACUUCCAGUCGAUCAAAGCCAUUGCCCUGGCCACUCUGCAGAUCAUCAACGACCGCAUCUAUCCCUAUGCUGCCCUCUCCUAUGAAGAGUGGAAUGACCCGCCCGCUGUGAAGUGGAGCAGCGUGAGCAACCCACUCUUCCUCCCACUGAUCCCGCCACAGUCGCAAGGUUUCACCGCCAUCGUCCUCACGUAUGACCGAGUGGAGAGCCUCUUCCGGGUCAUCACCGAGGUGUCCAAGGUGCCCAGUCUAUCCAAGCUGCUGGUCGUCUGGAAUAACCAGAAUAAAAACCCCCCAGAAGAUUCUCUCUGGCCCAAGAUCCGGGUCCCGCUGAAAGUCGUGAGGACGGCCGAAAACAAGCUGAGUAACCGCUUCUUCCCCUAUGACGAAAUCGAGACGGAGGCGGUCCUGGCCAUCGACGACGACAUCAUCAUGCUCACGUCAGACGAGCUGCAGUUCGGCUAUGAGGUCUGGCGGGAGUUUCCUGACCGUCUGGUGGGUUACCCGGGUCGUCUGCACCUCUGGGACCACGAGAUGAGUAAGUGGAAGUACGAGUCUGAGUGGACCAAUGAGGUGUCCAUGGUGCUCACUGGGGCAGCUUUUUAUCACAAGUAUUUUAAUUACCUGUAUACCUACAAAAUGCCUGGCGACAUCAAGAACUGGGUGGACGCUCAUAUGAACUGUGAAGACAUUGCCAUGAAUUUCCUGGUGGCUAACGUCACAGGGAAAGCUGUCAUCAAGGUAACUCCACGAAAGAAAUUCAAGUGUCCUGAGUGCACAGCCAUUGACGGGCUUUCACUUGACCAGACGCACAUGGUGGAGAGGUCUGAGUGCAUCAACAAGUUCGCGUCCGUCUUUGGGACCAUGCCUCUUAAGGUGGUGGAACACCGGGCUGACCCUGUCCUGUACAAAGACGACUUUCCGGAGAAACUGAAGAGCUUCCCCAACAUUGGCAGCUUAUGAAACGCGCCUGGCGGAGGUCUGAACGUUGAGCUUGGACGGGGAGAACACAGACGCCCCGGCACUCUGCUACCAGAGUGUGGGGGAUCUCUGACCGACAUGCUGGGCCGGCACACCCAGUCUGCUUCCUCAAGAACCGGAACCUGAAGAGAGUGUUGAAGCACCUUGAAUGGUGCGUGCCCGGUUCUAGUGUUUCCUGUGAUCUCUGAUGGGUUCUUGUUGAAAAUGCCAAAUGGAAGCCUUUGUGGCACGCUCUGGGCUUAAAUCCAGCUCAGGCUCCCCUCGUUUUCAGUUCCAAUAAGACAAUC